UACAACAAUGGCCUUAGAAUCAGGUAUGUCUAGCACCAACACUCAUCCAAGUCUCUCUAUCACACUCCGCUGAAACUAAGCUUUGGACUAACGCUUCUCUCGAUUUUCCCACUAAAAGCCUUCCAAGACCCCGCCAUGCUGAGCGCACUCCAGGAGCGUCUGGGCUCCCUUGUUGGCAGGCCCUCGGGUUACAUUGACAGCUUACCUACCAGUGUGAAGAGGAGGAUGAAUGCGUUGUUGAACUUGCAGGAUAAGCACACCGGCCUCGAAGCCGAGUUCCAAGCCGAACUCUUGGCGCUCGAAAAGAAGUUCCACGCCAAGUACCAACCUCUAUACGACCAGCGGUCCGCUAUUAUCGCCGGAUCCGUCGAGCCCACUGACGCUGAAUGCGAGAGGAAGCCUGAGGAGGACGAAGAGGAUGAGGACAAGGAGAAGGCCACUCCGCCCACCCCGGCCAAGACUGUUGAGGACGGCAAGGACAUUGCGGGAAUCCCCGAGUUCUGGUUGACUGCGUUGAGGAACAACGCACAGUUGGCGGAAAUGAUUACGGAGAAGGAUGAGGAGGUGUUGAAGAAACUGACGGAUAUCAAGCUGACUUACCUCGAAGACAACCCCGGCUUCACUCUGACCUUCCACUUUGCCCCUAACGACUAUUUCACCGACUCCGUCCUCACAAAAACCUACUACCUCGAGUCCUCCCCCGAAUCCGGCUACGGCGACGUCCUUUACGACCGCGCCGAAGGCAGCCCGAUCCACUGGAAGGAGGGCAAAGACCUGAGCGUCAAAAUCGAGAUCAAGAAGCAACGCCACAAGUCUUCAAACAAGACCCGUACCGUCAAGAAAACCGUCCCCGCCGAGACCUUCUUCUCCUUCUUCUCGCCGCCCACCGCCCCCGAAGACGACGACGAUGACGCCGAUGAGGAAGACCUCGAGGAACUCGAACAGCGGUUGGAGAUGGAUUACGAGAUUGGAGAAAUGAUCAAGGAGAAGAUCAUCCCGCGUGCUGUUGACUGGUUCACGGGCAAGGCGCUGGAGUUUGAGGAGGAUGAGUUUGAUGAGGAGUUGUACUCUGGGGAUGAUGAUGACGAGGACGAGGAUGACGAUGAGGAUGAGGGUGAUGAGGAUGCUGCGGAGGAAGAGGGUGGCGAGGCUCCGGCCAACUCGACCGAUAAGCCCCCGGAAUGCAAGCAGCAGUAAAUCGGAUGUACCUGGCCCCUUCACGGUUUAAUCAUUCAUCCAACGCGCGGAAAGCACGGCGCAUCUAAACACACACGCACCACCACCCGUUCAAUGCUCCACGUUGUAUUUAUCAGUUAUGCACACACGCGCCUGUGUGUGUUUUUGGCCCUCCCGCCUUUGUUUAGUUGUUUAGGUUCUUUCAUACUGUAUUCUUCUCUUGCAUUUGUACUGUAGUUGGUGGCAAUUCAUUCGUUUCUGCGUAUCUAGUACUCUUGUGUUGCGCAAGUAAGUCAAGCAUUUGUACUGUAGUUGGUGGCAAUUCAUUUGUUUCUGCGUAGCUAGUACUCUUGUGUUGCGCAAAUAAGUCAAGAAAUGGAGUAGU